AUGCGCGACUCCAUUUUGGCCUUUGUGGCCACCACUUCGGCCUUGUUUGCUGGCCAAGCAUCUGCAGCCGUCGCAGUCAACCCUCUCCCUAAGCCAGCAAGCAUCAAGUGGGGGACCGCUGGCAGCAUCUGUAUCGGCGACGCUACUCUUACUGGCUCGGACCACGAGAUUCUCAAGGACGCUUUUGAUCGUAUCACCAAGACAAUCAAGGAUCUGAAAUGGAGCCCUGCAGCCGUGGAGGCUCCAAUUCGAAGUUUCCAGCCAUUCCCAACACCAACUGGGGCCCCAUCGCGGAAGAGCAAGAGACAGUUUGGAAGUGGAAAUUGCACUAGCACCGUCACACAAGUCAAAGUCACCGUCACCGAUGCAAAUGCUCAGCUUCAGCAUGGCGUCGAUGAGUCGUACAAACUCGAACUCGCUCCUGGUGCUGACAGCAUUGACAUCUCCGCUCAGACAGUCUAUGGUGCCCUACACGCCAUGACCACUCUCCAACAGUUAGUCAUCACUGACGGCUCUGGCAACUUCAUCAUUGAGCAGCCCGUUUCCAUCGAGGACAAACCGCUCUACCCUGUCCGUGGUGUCAUGAUUGAUACUGGCCGCAACUUCAUCACCGUUGACAAGAUCAAGGAACAAAUCAAUGGCAUGGCUCUUUCCAAGCUCAAUGUCUUGCAUUGGCAUCUCGUUGAUAGCCAGUCCUGGCCUGUGCAGGUCAAUGCCUACCCUCAGAUGACCGAGGAUGCUUACUCUGAGCGAGAGACUUUUAGCCAGGAGACUCUAAAAGAGAUUGUGAGCUACGCGGCCGCCCGUGGAGUCCGAGUUAUUCCUGAAAUCGACAUGCCCGGCCACGCCAGCUCAGGAUGGGGACGCAUCGACGAGAGCAUUCUCACCUGCCAGAACAGCUGGUGGUCCAACGACGACUGGGCCUUGCAUACCGCCGUACAGCCCAACCCAGGCCAACUAGACAUCCUCAACAACAAGACCUACGAAGUCACGGCCAAAGUCUACAAGGAAAUGGCCUCCCUCUUCCCAGACAACUGGUUCCACAUUGGCGGCGACGAGCUCUUCAUCAACUGCAACAACUUCAGCUCCCUCGCCGUAGACUUCUUCGCCUCUGGCAAGACCAUGGGCGACCUCUACCAAGUCUGGGUGGACCGCGCGCUCCCCAACUUCAAGGCCCAAGCCAACAAGACCUUCAUCAUGUGGGAAGACGUCAAGCUGUCGGCGGCCGUCGCCGCCACCGGCACCGUCCCCAAGGACAUCAUCAUGCAAGCCUGGACCAACGGCGUCGACCACAUCAACAAGCUCACCGCAGACGGCUACCGCGUCAUCGUCUCCUCCUCCGACUUCAUCUACCUCGACUGCGGCUACGGCGGCUGGGUCGGCAACGAUCCCCGCUACAACGUCCAAGUCAACCCCAACGCCACCGACGGCGGCCUCAACUUCAACUGGGGCGGCACCGGCGGCUCCUGGUGCGCCCCCUAUAAAACCUGGCAGCGCAUCUACGACUUCGACUUCACCCUCAACCUGACAGACACGCAAAAAGCCCUGGUCCAAGGCGCGAUUGCGCCCCUCUGGUCCGAGCAAGUCGACAGCGUCGUCGUGAGCCAGAAGAUGUGGCCGCGUGCCGCUGCCCUCGCCGAGCUCGUCUGGUCUGGGAAUAAAGACGAAAAUGGCAAUUUGAGGACGACGGAGUUGACGCAGCGGAUCCUCAAUUUUAGAGAGUAUUUGGUUGCCAAUGGCGUCCAGGCUGCGCCGUUGAUGCCAAAGUAUUGUGUUCAGAAUCCGCAUGCGUGUGAUUUGUACUUGAAUCAGACGGUUUUGCACACCAAUCCUGCUUAG